UGGACGGGGGAGGGGAAGAGAGAGGCAGAGGGAGUAACUGGUUAUUCUACGCAGUUCAGGAAGCCGUUACUUAGGCAGCAUAAGCAUAGAGACGCAAAUACAACUCUUGGGUUUGGAGGAGGCGUGAAAUAAAGAAAAAGACGGAAAAUAACAACAACAACAACAACAGAGCAACAGUAUGGAUACCAACAAGACACCAAGCGCCCCACAACCUGGCUGGAACCCAGAUGAGAAGUCUGGGAUGGGACAACCAGAUCCUCCACCCUACCAGGACCACCCACAGUACUUCAAUGCAGGCUACACUGCACCAUCAGGCAACCCCGCACCCGUAGGCUACUCCCAGGGUUAUGCAACCCAACCUUACAGCCAGCCGUACCCACCGGGACAGUACCCCCAGGGACAGUACCCCCAGGGACAGUACCCCCAGGGACAGUACCCCCAGGGACAGUACCCCCCGGGACAAUACCCCUUGGGACAGAACUCCCAGACAGCCAUUACCGUCCAGCCUACAGUGUUUGUGACUCAGGGAGCUUUGCCUCGCCCUCUGCCAGACUAUCUGUGCUACUCCAUCUUCACCAUGCUGUGCUGUUGCCUGCCACUUGGUACUGCUGCAUUAAUCUACUCAGUUUUGACUCGAGAGGCAAACAACCAUGGUAAUCUGCAGAUGGCUGAGAGGAAUUCUCGCCUAGCACGAAUACUGAACCACACCGCCCUGGGGAUUGGCAUUGCUAUUGUCUUCCUCUACAUUGUCUUUUGGAUCAUCCUAACCACCACCUCCAGUAUGGACUGAUCUAACACCUUACCACAUGCAAGCAAUUCAGUCACGACUUCACAAAUCUAGCAACAAAACCACCCUGACCAUGAUCACCUCUAAUAAGUGCCGUGUCAAUGGGAUGACACUUUCCAAACAUAUAAUCCCAAAAUAUUGUAAUACUGCUUGUUUAUCAGUGUUUAUUGCAUGCUCUAUUACAAAAACAAAUGAAUGUUUUUGUAAUAGAACUUAUUAAUUCAUGCUGCAUAACUUGUUAAUUCAUGCUGCAUAUUGUCUUUCUUGUUCACUUUUGAUUUUCUUAAAUAUAUUAUUCAUACUUGUUUAUCCUAAAGGAAAGAAUUUAAGCAUUUCAGUACUUCUAAUAAUUGUCUGAAAGAUAUUGCAGGCAUAUUCUAGACAAUAUCAUAUUUACAAAGACAACAAUGUAUAACAAAUGUAUAUGUUAGAUAUACACAUCAUUUUGGUAUACAUAUUUAAAUAUUGUUGCUUAUACAUACAUAAAUUGCUUACCUACUAUAUUUGCCAGAAGGUCAUAUUGUUUCCUUCUUUAAAGGAGCCAUUUGUAAGAUUUACAACACACCAUACAAAAACAGAAACAUGCUUAUUAUAAAGGGUAUUUGAAAAUGAGUAACUCCCAAAUAGUUGGUUAUUGUCUGUGGUUUUAUGCUCAACGUAAUUUUAUAUUGUUUAUUGCGGUUAGGUCGUUGUGUAGCAUUGCAAAUCCCAAAGGAAUGAAAGCUCUGGAGAAUUAAAAUAAGUAUAGCCAUUGCUUAUCAGUGAUUGUAGAAUAUACAGACUGAUAUUGACCUGAAAGAGCAAGCUGUUAUUUAUUUUCCUGGACAGGUAAGCUGUACAUCCACUUAGGUUAUUUUCCUGGACAGGUAAGCUGUACAUCCACUUAGGUGGCAAGCUAGAAGCAAAAAGCAUUUAUUGAUUUGGUUAUAGGUGUAUCACUGAUUGGGUACGCUAUAAAAAUGGGAAAUACAAACAACGCAUUGUAUACAUUAGCUAGUAUGCCAAGCUAGCUAGUUAUUAAAUGGUUGAUUAAGUCCUAAGGCUAAACCUAAGAAGCUAUAUUAUUGUCUUGUGACACUAGCCUAGUGCACUUAUACAAUACAAAUGUUGUUUGCUCAAUUAUGCUUAAUACCAGUGCUAGGAUAGGCUAUAUAAGAGAAUUCCAAACCAAAUGUUGUAUAACAUUAAAUUGCCAAGUGCGCUAGUUGUUAUUUAUUUCUUAUCUAGUUAGCUCCUAAGGCUGUCUAGACUCAAUAAUACAAAUGAAAUAGUUUUUGUUUAUCCCGCUGUAAACAGUAGAGGGCUAAACUUACAAAUGUCUCCUUUAAGUGUGUAGUUGUUGGAAAAUAUGUCUUUCCUAUUAUCAUGCAUGUUGGUUUGGGAAGAAAAAUAUAACAUUGUUAUAAGUAUAAAGAUUAUAAGUAUAAAAAGCAAAUGUUGUUAUAUAUACACUGCUGCUUGAAAGUAUGUGAACCCUACAGGGAGGUCAUUGUUUUUGUUAAAAAUGUAAAAAUAUAAUCCUUAUCUAAAUAAAGUCAUUAAUCAGGCUCAGA